CUUAGUAUCCUCUAUCUAAUGAUAGCAUCCUCUAACAAUAGCAACCGCCACAAGCACCGCCUCCGGCAAUCAACGUGACGAUAGCGGAACCGCCACAAGCACCGCCUCCGGCAAUCAACGUGAGGGUCAUGGCAGGAGGGGAUGCGCCAGGAUCGGAAGACGAAUUAUGGUCAACAUUUAGUGUCCAUCUUUCUCAGCGUCUCUUGUUCGGUAUCUAUAGUCCCCUUAGAAAUGCCAUAGAAAAAUAGUACAAGGGCAGAGGUACUCAUAUCGGUAUCCUCUUUCAAUCCCAUAGAAGAAGACAACAAGGGAAUAGGUAAAAAUACCGAGAUGAGCAGAGGACUGAGGUAGUUGAAUAACGCCUGACUGCUUUAAUGUAUGAGCCGACACACUUAUCGCCAGGGGGACGGACGGUAACGCCACUACCUCGCUCACGAGAUGUUCCGCUACUUGAUUAUGUUAAGGACGGAUGCGCGAUGGAUCAUGUUCUUGCCUAACAAAGAGGAAUAAGUAACUAUAAUGGCGCUAAGUCAGUUAAGAACUGCACAAAGGCGGCCACUCUUGUCGCCUCCUAGUCCUGGAAGUGCUCCACUUAGCGACCUUUACAACUUGCCUUCUCUGGGUUUUUCUGUCUUUUGGUUUCGUUUCAUGUGAUUCCCCGCGCCCCUCCAGAGUCCACCGCGUCAGCCUGCGAGUGUGUGCCGGGGGAUUCUGGAAAGGCGCGGGGAUUUGGAGGGUGCCCGAGGUUCUUGGCUCGCAAUUGGGGGAGAGUUUUCCUGAAGGGAGCGCAGUAGGCGGCGAGUGUCCUGCGGAUUCGUAUCAUGCCUGGCGAGAUUGAAUUCUGUCCGGAUUUUUGCAGUCCUUGGCUGAGUUUUCUCCAUUGUUUUUGCUUCUUUUCUGUAGGGGGUUUGUGUUCUUUGCUAAGUACAAGCAGUGGCGUUGUCUUCUCUCUAGUAUAAUUUGUGUUUUCAUCAUCUUCAUAGGCUAUAUGUGAAGCUAUACGGAGCCGCCCUCUAAGAGAAAGCUAGAGGAUUCGUACUAUAGGGGUCGCACCAGGAGAUCUGAGUUGCCAAGUAGUAGGCCUGAAAGUUUCGCAGAUGACAUAGAAGACCUCGUUCCAGAACUACGAAAAACGAGGCGAGCGAGCAGUGGACCGUGCUUCAUAUUAUGGAACUUUUUGUGAAUCAAUGAGAUGAAUAUCUCCUUUCCGGAAUGAGAUGAAUAUCUUCUUUCUGUGUUUACAUUUCGUCUUUCCUUCGAUUCUCUCAAGGAAGCAGAUGAAUCUCCCCAAGAAGUACUUAAAUCUGCACUUCCAUCUACUCCUAUGCCCGCAAUCAGAACCUCCAUACCGAGCUGAUCGCUCCCCUUAAAGGUGCCAUGUUGAGUGAAAGGUGUUCUUCAUCAACUACGAACAACUCCAUGACCUCUUACACUUCUUACUCUUCUAAUCCACAUAUGCUGCGUGAUCUUUACGCAUUUUGUUCCUGCGAUCGUAUUCGGUGUGUUGCUGAUCGGUUCCGUCAUAAGACCAAAAAAUCCAGUCGUCCCGAAGAUAUUGGACCACUUGAUUAUGAUGGGAUAGGAAUGUGAGGAGCAAUUAUAGCUUCCCCAUGUGAUGAGUCUUUAGGUAACCCCCCCCAUAGCGGGAACUUGGUAAUUUUUUCCCCUUUGGCUUAGUAGAGGUGUGCUGCAGAUCUUGAUUGGCUUCUUCCUUUGUAUAAGGAUGAGGCUUCGGUCCAGCGACGCUUAAAGCACUAAAGUAAGGCAACCGGCUAGCUUUCCCUCUAUCCUUAGGCUUAUAAUCCCUUCAAACAACAACUAAGAUUAAGAUUGAGGAAGAAGCAGAAGGAGAAAAGUUGGAAUUCGAAAGAAAGAUAGAUCUAGUAUGGAUGGAAUGGGAACAUUAGGGCCGCAGUUAACGAUGCUGAUCUCGUUUUCUAUAGCAUGAUGUUGAAGACGUAAUCCCAUGUUAUAUCAACUUUAUGAGUCUACUGUUGUAGUUCUUACACGUAGUAGUUGAAAUCCUCUGUGGAGGAUCCGUUCUUCUUCCAAGUUUUACGAGAAACGAGGCAAGACGUCUGGGAGAUCCGGAGAAGAGGCAGAUGAGGACAGUUCCUUCAUAGAAACUGGGAGAACCGAAACUGGGAGAAUUGUUACGUCAUAGGUUAUUCCUUUCAUCCUCCAAAAGUUCUCGAAGUAGAUCUGAACAAGAUUGGUCAGCACGUGAUUUUCUUCCCUCUAAUCGUAAAAAUCUAUCAAGCGGCUCCACUACUGCCCAAAGCAGUGACUCCACAGCCGCAGAAAGCAGUGACAGUGGGGAAGAGGAGCUUACCAUCAAGGACUUCAUCCUGGAGGAGCUGACGGGUGUCACUGCUUUAUUCGAAACCAAGCCGGAGACUAGACGAUCCGGUGUAGGGGGAUCGCCACGGACGGGCACUUCUUAAGAGAGAUGGGUGCUUGGGUGAUGUGAGUAAGUAUCGUGCUGAGUGAGCGAGUAGAAGGCAACAAAGACGCCAUCGCUUAUUCAGUCAGUCUAACAAACUCGGCCAGGUAGGGUCAAACCUGAAGUGCAUGACCAUGACGUGGCUGAUGUGAUCAUGGGGCAGCCCUUAAAAGAAAGCAUUUCCGAUUGAGUACUUACAAGGAACGACUUACGAACGACUUAUUUUACACGAACGGCUUAUUUUACACGAACGACUUUUUGAUGAUUCCUUUCUCUCUAAUUUUUUCUUCGCAGUUCCGGGGAUGCGUCAGGCAAUAGGGCUAGUUCCUUCCUGUUAACACCUCCGACGAAGAAAGAGACGGGCCAUGCUAUUCUCAAGACUGUAAAAGAAGUGGGAGAACCAGUACAGUCAUACGGCUGGGCGUGGAUCUGGAUGGGUGGAUUUUGGAAGAACACAAAGGCUGACAACGAUAUUUUGUUUGCCAUGGCUGCUGUUUUUAGAGCGGUAUUUUUGUAUCUUAAUAGUUAGUCCUUUGUAUUGUGACAUAGACAUGGUCAGAAGUCUUGAUUGUAGUUUUUAGGUAAUACCGAAUUACACGGCAUGAUGCUCGCUCUAGGUAAUACCGAAUUAUACGACAAACAGCUGAUGAACGCUCUAGUUUGUUAUCACCUCUCGGUUUAAAACUCAUUUGAAAUAGUGUUCCACAUGCUUUUCAUCUAAGAUCCAAAGUACCUUUUUCCGAAUAAUAAAAAAUCGAGACCCUUGGUCUAAAACUGAUUAUCACCUCUCCGUUAGACAUUUCUAAUUCCAACUGACAACAUCCAGCUAGCGGAUAUCUUCACGCAACCGGGUGGUAAGGGCGCUGCUAUCAUAGCCAUACUCCAAGCAGCGGAUGCAAAGGACUAUGAGGGUACGAACUUUACCUUGCUUGUUGAUGUACUUCACCUUGUACUUUGCAAGAAAGGAAUACCAGAAUCUGAACCUUACUCAUUUGGGUUGGAUGUUGGUAUUCCUCUCCUAGAAGCGAUGCUUUUGCUUAUUAGUAUAGCCGUCCUAGCUCUAAUAAAGCAGCCGUGGAUGUAGUGAAAAUAGCGGUCGGCGAUGGGAUCGAUGAAGCAGCACCCUCGAUGGCUAAGCGAGUGGACACGCUACUAGCGAGCUUUGAGUUAAGCCUAGUGGUCGUCGGAUUACACGUAUAUCAUUGAGUGAGUGUUCGAAAAGUCUUCUCUUCUAUCUAGAGACUCUCUUGUCCUCGAUUUGGUAGACGUUCUCCACUGACGUAUUACGCCACUGCAGGGCUCCAGAGCAUAGCAUAGUCUAGGUGCUGUGAUCUGACUUCAUGGAGUUAAGGACUCCUGUUCAAUUCUCCACACUCUAAUUCCUGACGCUGCCACCAUGGAUCGCGACCAAAUCUACAACUGGAACGUACAGCAGUGUCAACUGAUCUUUAGAUAUUUCUUUGUGUCAGUUUGCUCUCCUUUUUUUAACUCAUAUGGGUACAACCCUCCUUCCCCCCUGUUUCAUCUUUCUGAUGAUAGUAAUUAUUGUAACUGGCAUGAUACGCCCCUGCUCAGGUAUGCUAUCACUAGGUGUCUAUCUCUGUCUUCUAGCACUGCUCUCUCCGCUUCAAAGCAUAUGCCAUCUACAUGAGACGUUAGUAGAUUGAAAUCCAUCUUCCUCAACUUCAUCUUCUCCAUCUAGACCACGUGCCAGUAAGUUAAUUGUAGCAAACCCUAAACCCUAGAAACAAAUACAGCUGUACACUGGCAUAUUGCUGUUUGUGGCUACCUUAUUGUGGUGGUCUUUCUCGUGUUGCAAUACGAAGGAGCGUCUGGGACGAGGCCUCAAGAUGUGUUAUGGACUUGUUGAGCUAUGAUUACUUGUUGUCGUUCACGGGACAUGUUGAGCUUACUUCACGAUCAAAAAAAAAUGCGGUGACCGUGAUGAAUGAAUGAAUGGUAACAAUCUCUCCUGUCGCCACGACAUGCAUUCUCUCUUUUUCAUAUUGAGUUGUGGUCAUAAUCAGCUGGAAAAAUUUUGUAACCCGAGAAGGAGAAAGAAGGAUAUAAAUUCUUCAUCAAAAUAGACCUCUUGCCAGGCACAUCAAUCAAUCAAUCAAUCAAGUCCUUACUUCACUCCCUAACUUUCCUCUUUCAUUCCUCCACCCUCCUCUAUAUCGUGCUUGCAUUGGAUGCUGCUACUGUCGGAGUACGUGUUGGGUAUAUGGCCUUGGUACCGAUAAAGUAUGGCGCUGCGGCAGAAGCCAUGGCUGGGUCGCCAUUUGCGUCGCUACGCUGGCUGAGUGAGCGAGUGGAAGGCAACAAAGACGCCAUCGCUUAUUCAGUCACUGGAGUCAGUGCAGGAGUAGUUGCGAAAGAAGAUAGUAG